AUGGAGAUCAUCAAUGCCAUGGAUCCUUCGCUGUAUAAGGCAGCAGCAUCCGGUGAUAUUCGUUUUCUCAGAGAAGUUAGAGCUGGGAAUAGACCAGUUGACAUUCUCUUGCUGAAGACCCCAAAAGGCAACAACGCUCUUCAUAUAGCUGCUCAGUUCAAGCAUACAAAUUUCUUCAAGCAAUUCCCAAAGCACCUUCAAUCUUCGUUGGUUUGGGCCACCAACAUCAAGGAUGACACUCCCCUGCACAUUGCUGCUAGGGUAGGUUGUGUUGAAUUAGUUGAGUUCCUCAUCGAUCACGCAAGAGAGUUAAAGAUUGAUGCAGCAGAUGUGGAGACCGGACCAGCCGAUGCUGAAGCUUAUAAAGAGUUACUUCGAAUGACUAAUUCGGAUAAAGAUACAGCUUUGCAUGUUGCUGUCAAAUCCGGGCACCAUGAUGUUGUGAUAUUGUUAAUGGAUGCCGAUCCAGAAUUGAGCUGUUAUACCAAUAACGCAAACGAAUCUCCUUUGUUCUUAGCUGUCAGCAAGGGGUUUCCGAAAAUUGGUUCUUGUAUUUUGGACAAGUCUCCGGCAUCUCUUUCUUUCAAGGGGGUUAAAGGUGUCACAGCUUUGCAUUCUGCAGUAACCCGCAAUUCAACCUGCAAAGAUAUUGUGAAGCUCAUGGUGUCCAAAAAUCCUCAAAUAAUCAAAGAAGCUGAUGAACUUGGUUGGACUCCCUUACACUAUGCAGCAUUCAAAGGGAAUGUUGAAGCAAUUAGACUACUGAUAGAAUGCGCCAGUUCUGUGGCUUACAUCUUAGACAAAUGUGGAAUGUCUGCUCUUCAUGUUGCGGCCCACGCAGGCCGCAUAAAAGCAAUGAAAGAGUUAAUUCGAUUACGGCCGGAUACCUGUGAUUUGCUCAACCACAAAGGCCAAACGGUUCUUCAUGCUGCUGUUUUGGGUGACAAGCGGCUUGUGAUCAAGUAUAUUUUGAAGACGCGUGAGCUAGCAGGACUUGCAAACGUAGCAGACAAUGAGGGAAAUACUCCUUUGCAUCUGGCUGCCUAUAAACAACGUCCCUUCAUUAUGAGAGUCUUGGCGAGGGACCCUAGAGUUGACAAGACUGCAACUAAUGAUCAUCAUUCGAAAGCCACUGACAUAUUCCUUGGCGACAGUAUUGAGCUGGACACCUUUGGUAGGUACACAGUCUUGCGAGUUCUCGGGAGGUCUAUCGGUGUGCCAAUUUUCCAGCGAUCUGUCCGCCGUGACUUUAUGAAAUUAGAAUCAUCAGAGGAGGAGAAUGCUAACCCCACCGCAACGACCAUUCCAAACGAAAGAGCUGUCAAAACUUUGCUUGACGACUCAAAAAAAUUUGACACAAAUCUACUAGUUGCGGUGCUCAUUGCUACCGUCACUUUUUCAGCACCUCUGACCAUGCCCGGAGGUUUCCAUAGCAACGGAGAGGCGAUUCUACACCGAAGGCUAUUUUUCAUAUUGUUCGUCUUAUUUGACACCAUCUCCUUCCUCUUAUCACUCUUUGUGGUGUAUAAUCAUUUUAUGUUGUCAAAUGAGUCACGAGUCAUUCUAGCCACGCCUUCAGAUUAUAUUCGCUAUUCCAUUGCAUCAAUGGUGGUAGCAUUUGCUUCGGGUGUGUUUGUAAUGCUACCCAAGUACAGUCCACUCGGCAUUUUGGUCAUUGUGAUGUGCAUCGUUUUAUGCUUCUUCAUCCUCAUAAGGAUGAGGUUUGCCAAUCCACCAACUAGGCGAGAAAUGAAGAGACGCAUUUGGCUCCGUUCCCGCAUAAUUUAA